ACUGCAAAAUUCAAAAUGGGGCUCAAGGUAUUCGUUUCAUCUACACCAGAGAAGGCAGACCGAGUGGAGAGGCUUUUGUUGAACUUGAAUCAGAAGAUGAAGUCAAAUUGGCCCUGAAAAAAGACAGAGAAACUAUGGGACACAGAUAUGUUGAAGUAUUCAAGUCAAACAACGUUGAAAUGGAUUGGGUGUUGAAGCAUACUGGUCCAAAUAGUCCCGACACGGCCAAUGAUGGCUUUGUACGGCUUAGAGGACUCCCCUUUGGAUGUAGCAAGGAAGAAAUUGUUCAGUUCUUCUCAGGGUUGGAAAUCGUGCCAAAUGGGAUAACAUUGCCGGUGGACUUCCAGGGGAGGAGUACGGGGGAGGCCUUCGUGCAGUUUGCUUCACAGGAAAUAGCUGAAAAGGCUCUAAAGAAACACAAGGAAAGAAUAGGGCACAGGUAUAUCGAGAUCUUUAAGAGCAGUCGAGCUGAAGUUAGAACUCACUAUGAUCCACCACGAAAGCUUAUGGCCAUGCAGCGGCCAGGUCCUUAUGACAGACCUGGGGCUGGCAGGGGAUAUAACAGCAUUGGCAGAGGAGCUGGCUUUGAGAGGAUGAGGCGUGGUGCUUAUGGUGGAGGCUAUGGAGGCUAUGAUGAUUAUAAUGGCUAUAAUGACGGCUAUGGAUUUGGGUCAGAUAGAUUUGGAAGAGACCUCAAUUACUGUUUUUCAGGAAUGUCUGAUCACAGAUAUGGAGAUGGUGGCUCUAUUUUAAAAAGUACCACAGGACACUGUGUUCACAUGCGUGGAUUACCUUACAGAGCAACCGAGAACGACAUUUAUAACUUUUUCUCACCGCUCAAUCCCGUGAGAGUACACAUCGAGAUUGGCCCUGAUGGCAGAGUGACUGGUGAGGCAGAUGUUGAGUUUGCAACUCACGAAGAUGCUGUGGCAGCUAUGUCAAAAGACAAAGCAAAUAUGCAACACAGAUAUGUGGAACUCUUCUUGAAUUCUACUGCAGGAGCAAGCGGUGGUGCUUACGAACACAGAUAUGUAGAACUCUUCUUGAAUUCUACAGCAGGAGCAAGCGGUGGUGCUUAUGGUAGCCAAAUGAUGGGAGGCAUGGGCUUGUCAAACCAGUCCAGUUACGGGGGCCCGGCCAGCCAGCAGCUGAGUGGUGGUUAUGGAGGUGGCUAUGGUGGCCAGAGCAGCAUGAGCGGAUAUGACCAAGUUUUACAGGAAAACUCCAGUGAUUUUCAAUCAAACAUUGCAUAGGGAGCCAAGGAGCAGUGAGCAGCAGCUGCUACAGUAGCGGAGCCCGUGCAUCUGUGGGCGUGAACGGAAUGGGAGGGAUGUCUAGCAUGUCCAGUAUGAGUGGUGGAUGGGGAAUGUGAUUGAUCCUGGUUCACUGACUCUUGGUCAACUUUUUUUAAGAAAAAACUUAAGUUUAACAGUUUUUGCAAUACAAGCGUGUGAUUUAUGCGUACUCUAUAAGUGGAAAUCAGGACUGUUUCAAAGACUCAAGGUUCAGUAUUUUGAACACAACACUCAGCCUAGGCUAUAAGAUGAAAUGAGGAAACUGUAACUGUUAACGCUUUCCAGCUUUUCUCAAGUUAGUUACAUUGUAGGGUGUACUUAAGCAGUAAGUGUAUUUAGGUUGAGUUA